AUGAGCCUGGAAGAUCGUAUUAGGAAUGGACUUGAAUUCGACGACGACACGUACUAUGUUCUCUCUCAUGUCUAUACGAAUCUAGUUGUCCAGGUUCAUUCAGUUGUCGUAACACAAAAGAAUUUUCAAUAUUUACGAGUAUGGAGAGCACGGUCUUUUGGACCAGCAAAAUUUUCAGAGGAAAGGGAAGGAUCUACAUAUCGUAUUACACAAGAAACAUUCAAAUCCUAUGUCGUCCCACCAGAUCCUCGUAUUGGAAAAGCUAUUGAAUACUUCGGAAAACAGUAUUUGUUAGAAAUUGCAGUGUUCGACAAUCAUCAGGAAGUGUUAAAAACAACAAAUUCUGGCGAUUUUCUACUUCUUCACAAUGUACAUGUGGGUAGCAAGAAUAAAAUACAUACGUUGAGUAUACACGGCGGAGGCAUUUCUGAUUAUAACAGAGAAAUCGCUCAAAUUUCGGCUGACUUCGCUGACCCGAAGUUCCGUUUGUUCCGAAGGAGAUGUGCAAGAAUGUUGGAACAAGUGACUAACUUUGAGAAUUUCAAGGAAUUCGUUGAGCAGGAAGACUGA